AUGGAGGAGGAAAAAGCGUGGGCAUUGGUCUCAGAGUUGGGGGGCGACCACAGUUACCUUGAAGAGAUGGCUGACAUACUGAAACAACACUUCCAACUCGUCUGCUACAGAGAGCUUCUACAAAACCCAGCGCUCCACGGCCCCAAAAUCCAGGUCCUGUUCAUUUGGAAGUACUUCCCCGCGGCCGAGCCUUCGCUGCUCAGAUUGCUCCCCUCCCUCAAAGUGGUCGCCAGCGCAGGAGUGGGCAUCGACCACCUGGACGUGCCGUUCAUUAACAGUCUCGGGGUGAAGGUGGCCAACACGCCCGGCGUAGUCAGCGACGCCAGUGCGGAUCUCGCCAUGGGUCUGCUCCUGGCAUCAGCUCGCAAGAUCCUGGACGCUCAUCGAAUAGCUGUUGACCCAAAGACCGUCCACAUACCACAAAGCCUCAUGGGAGUUGAGGUCACAGGGUCGACUUUGGGGAUCGUUGGAAUGGGAGAGAUCGGUUACAGAAUCGCCCAAAGAAGCAAAGGAUUUGAAAUGAAGAUCCUGUAUCACAACAGGACCAGAAGGAGUGUAGACGAUGAGCAGGCGGUUGGAGCCAGUUACUGUCGGAGCCUGGAUGACCUGCUGAGGAGGUCGGACUUUGUUGUGAUCGUUGUCAAACUGACCUCGGACACAACGGGCCUCAUCGGCCACAGAGAGCUGUCACUCAUGAAACCCACAGCAACACUGGUGAACAUCAGCCGAGGUCAAGUCGUGGACCAGGAUGCGUUAGUCGAAGCUCUCCAGUCGGGAAGAAUUCGUGCAGCGGCAUUAGAUGUGACUCAUCCGGAACCUUUACCGAGGGAUCACCCGCUCCUCGGCCUGCCUAAUGUGCUGAUCACCCCCCACAUCGGGAUCAGUACCUACGACACAGUGAGAGCGAUCGUGGAGAAGAUGGUAGAAAACGCCCUGGCUGCAGUGAAAGGCCUGCCUGUUCCAAAUGAAGUCAAGCUGCAGUGA